AUGGCUUCCGACCUCACUGCGCAAAUAUUAGAUCUCCUCUCCUCCACUGACGAUCCGAUUCUCUCUUCCGAUGCCUUCCCCGCCGCGCCCAGCAUUGCUCUAAAGAGCGCCCUGGACCGCCUUAGGUCCAGAGAUAUGAUUAUAUAUGAAACCAUUGAACAAGAGCAAGCCGUAUUACUUCCAGAGGCCGAGGGAAUAGUAGCCAAUGGCAGUCAUGAGGCCAAGGUGUUCGAAGCCGUGAGGGCGGCACUGGACGGGCUGAAAAUAAAGGAUCUGCCAGAUAUAGUUGGCAAGGAGGCUGCAAAAGUUGGAGCUGGAAAUUCAUUCAAAAAGGGGUGGAUUAAAAAAGAUAAGGAUGUUUUGAGAUCAGCCACAGAUUCAAUCGAAGACACCACCCGAGAGCAGCUUUUGACCAUACAGAAAACUAAAACAUACUCCGACCCUAAGGUCUUAGCGGACUUGCGCAAGCGGAAGCUUCUCACGAUGCAGAAAGUUUUAAGUUUCACAAUAUCGAAGGGUCCCAAAUAUGCGAGAGAGCUUGUCAAAGAGGAAACCGAUCUUACAGCUGACAUGCUCGCGAACGGGUCAUGGAAAACAGCCAAAUUUAAGCCCUACAAUUUCAAUGCCAAGGGGGCAAUAACACCAAGCGGCGCCCUGCAUCCUCUGAACAAAGUGCGUCAGGAAUUUAGACAGAUUUUCUUCGAGAUGGGUUUCGAGGAGAUGCCCACGAAUCGCUUUGUAGAGACUGGAUUCUGGAACUUCGACGCUCUCUUUGUCCCACAACAACACCCUGCUCGUGAUCUUCAAGAUACCUUUUAUAUUUCCGACCCCGUCUGCGCAGAUAAGCCGCGAGAAGACGACCCAUCUGACGUUCAUGUCGCAAACGCUGGAAAAACGACGGGUAGAUCUUCGGACGCUGAUAACAGCAAGGCUCUCGAUUACGAACAAUACUGGAACAAUAUCCGCGCUGUACAUCAAUCCGGUAAGUACGGGUCAAUUGGCUACCGAUAUCCAUGGGAUCCCGAGGAAUCGCUUCGCCUAGUCCUUCGGACUCACACCACAUCCGUUUCGACUUAUAUGCUCCACAAACUAGCCGCGAACCCUCGGCCGGCCCGGUAUUUCAGUAUUGAUCGGGUGUUCCGAAACGAGGCCGUCGAUGCCACACAUCUGGCGGAGUUCCACCAGGUCGAAGGCGUGAUUGCUGACUUUGGUCUUGCGCUGGGUGGCCUGAUUGGCUUCAUGGAAGUCUUCUUUGCGAAGAUGGGUAUUCAUGGGCUUAGGUUCAAACCGGCCUAUAACCCUUACACAGAGCCCAGUAUGGAGAUUUUCGGAUACCAUGAUGGUUUAGGGAAGUGGGUAGAGAUUGGUAACAGCGGGAUGUUCAGGCCGGAGAUGUUGGAGCCUAUGGGUCUACCGAAGGACAUGAGAGUGUAUGGAUGGGGAUUGAGCUUGGAGCGACCUACCAUGAUCAAAUAUGGCGUAAGCAACAUCCGUGAGCUACUUGGACACAAAGUAGACCUUAACUUCAUCGAAACGAACCCAGCAGUCCGGCUCGAGAAGGAUUAG